AUGCGCCUCUUACUUGCCGUCAGCUCCCUUGUUACGGCAGCCAUUGCCGCAAGCAGGACUUCAGCUCCGUCUGGUGCUAUCACAGUUGGCUCCACAGGACAGUACUCAACCAUUCAAGAUGCGAUAAAUUCUUUGAGCACAACAUCAACAGCGGCUCAAAUCUUAUUCAUCCAGGCUGGGACAUAUUCGGAACAGGUCACUAUUCCCGCCAGAGCAGCCGCCCUUACGAUUUAUGGGUCCACCACCGACACAAGCUCAUAUACAAGCAAUGCCGUCACCAUCCAACAUAGUUCGAGUCUUCUGAGCGGUGCAGCUAACGAUGAAGCCACGGGUACGGUCAUUAAUCUCGCUGCAAACACCAAGUUCUACAAUAUCAAUAUCAAGAACACGUACGGUAAAGGAUCUCAAGCUAUUGCUCUAGCUGCCUAUAACACACAACAAGGAUACUACGGCGUUGGCCUUUACGGAUACCAAGACACCCUUCUGGCUCAAAUUGGUAACCAGGUUUACGGGAAAUGCUACAUUGAAGGAGCGGUCGACUUUAUCUUUGGCCAGCACGCACGAGCAUGGAUCGAUAGCUCUGACAUUAGAGUUUCAGCAGGAGGAGGUGCUAUUACCGCGAACGGUCGUGCUUCAUCAUCUGAUGUUUCCUACUAUGUCAUCAACAAAUCCUCUGUCUCGACCUCCACGAGCUCCACCGCCGGUUCAGGGACCGUGUAUCUUGGCCGCCCAUGGAGCCAGUAUGCCAGUGUUUGUUUCCAGAACACUGUUUUGGGGGCUAUAAUCAACAGCGCGGGGUGGGAACAAUGGAGCAGUAGCACGCCAAAUACAGCAGCUGUAACUUUCCAGGAGUAUGGCAAUACCGGAACUGGUGCCUCGGGAACCCGAGCAAGCUUCUCGACAAAGCUAAGCUCAGCCGUAUCUAUCUCGACCAUUUUGGGAAGCACAUACACCAGCUGGGUCGAUACGAGUUAUUUGGCAUAG